UGCUGUGGGAGGUUGACAAUCACAUUCUUACAAACUUAGGAAAAAAAAACGACUCUCCGUAUAUAACGAUUGUGGGUACUAUUUCAACUGGUUCGGGAAGAUGUUGCACAAUAUGGCCUCUAAACCACACUGAGACUCUAAUAACUGCGUAUAUUCUCUCAUCUCCAGGAAAUAUUUCUAAAGUAGAACUGAAAAUCAUCUACACGUGACAAUUUCCUUCCCGCUGCGUCGUCCACUGCGCAUCCUAUACUGCGCAUAUCAUCAAUUACGACUUAGUAACGGGGUAUAAAAAGCUGCCGUGUUCGCUGUCACCUUCUUGUUACCCCAACGCUGCUGAGAGGAAGGUCACAAUACCGGAAGCUGUCGCCUUUCAUCCCUUUAAUAUAGUGUAGUACAAGACGUGAAGGUCACCUGUACAUCAGUGUGUGGCAGGUGUGAAGGUCUUCCUGUGUUCCACCUGACCUUCACUACCACCAUGGACCCAGCACACCAGGACCCAGCCCUGCUGGAGGCAACAUCCAAGUCAUGUGCAGCUGGUACUAAAAACGACAGCAGCGACAGCGAUAGCAGCAGUAGCAGCAGCAGCAGCAGCAGCAGCAGUAGCUCAGACGGGGGCGGACAUCACAAGAAGAAGAAGAAGAAGAAGAAGAAGAAGGACGACCAUCACCACCACCAUCACCACGACCAUCACCAUCACCACCACUAGUACCUGUGUCGUGUAAGCCUCCCCUCCCAGGAGAGUCUAACAGGAGUUAUAUUUCUUAAUGGGCACCUUCAAGAGACCUUUGGUGGACACGUUUAAGGACGACCUCUUGAAUGAACACGUCAAAGAUUCACUUAAUGAUACAUCCUGAAGGAGAACUGUUUAAGGCGACACUCGGAAGUAAUCCAUCAAGGGACACACACACACACACACACACACACACACACACACACACACACACACGUCUUGUAACUGUAAUGCUAAUAAAUAAAUGUAGACUCGGUCAUCAACACUCUAGUCUCUGCUUCUGACUGAGGUAUUAUUUUACUGUCAGACAACACGGGGAGUUUUAGGAAUUUUAUCUUGACGAUCAAUAGUUUAGGCGAUUCUAAGACUCUUUACUUCUGUGAUUAUUUCCCUCGUAAACGACUUUUAUAUGCCGGGGGGGUCCGGGGGCGGAGCUCGCCAGUUAGGAGGAUAAGUUAAGUGAUUUUUAGGUCAUUUGCGAAGGAAACGUCAUAGAAGAAACGUGUCUUAGAAUUGUCUACUCUAUUGAUUGCAAAGUUAACCUCCUAACAUUCCCGUGUUGUCCGACAUAUAAACUUUACACUGAUUUAUCACCCAUAUAAUCGAUGUUUGUUGAUUUCUUUAUGUAGUGUACUUGAUACUUAUAAAUACAUAAUAAUAAUGACUAUA